UUAAUCAUUUUUAAAAUUUAUUUUCCAACAAAUUCCAACUAACUGCAGCGGCAGCUCAACCACGCCGCGGAUAUUCCGAUGCCAGAGACACACAUCUCCUUCUUCGAUUCCUCCGCCGCAUUUCCAAAUUAAUCAUUUCCAACUCCAUCGAUUCCUUCUCAAUCUCAAACCACAAUGAUUCACCACUGCAUUCCCAAGGCGCCUCUACCUCCCUCACCGACCUACACACCCAAAACCCUCACCAUCCGCUCUCAAUUAGACCAAAAGGCGCCUCCAGGAGUGUUGGGACCCUACACGGGGCGGGACCCCAACGUGAAGAAGCCUGGGUGGCUUAGGCAGAAGGCGCCGCAGGGGGAAAAGUUCGAUGAGGUCAAGGAAUCGCUCUCUAGGCUCAAGCUCAACACCGUUUGUGAGGAGGCGCAGUGCCCCAACAUCGGGGAGUGCUGGAAUGGCGGCAGCGAUGGCAUCUCCACCGCCACCAUCAUGUUGCUAGGCGAUACCUGCACUAGAGGCUGCCGCUUCUGUGCCGUUAAGACCAGUAGGAACCCGCCGCCCCCAGAUCCAAUGGAGCCCUACAAUACUGCCAAGGCUGUUGCAACUUGGGGUGUAGAUUAUAUUGUUUUAACCAGUGUGGACCGAGAUGAUAUACCUGACGGUGGAAGUGGCCAUUUCGCAGAAACAGUGAAAGCCAUGAAGACACUCAACCCUGAAAUUAUGGUCGAGUGUUUAACAUCAGAUUUCCGAGGGGAUCUAGAGGCUGUAUCCACGCUUGUUCACUCAGGGUUGGAUGUGUUCGCCCACAAUGUUGAAACUGUGAAACGACUGCAGCGGAUAGUCAGAGAUCCUAGGGCUGGAUAUGAGCAAAGUUUAUCAGUUUUGAAACACGCAAGGCGCGACAAGGAAGGGAUGAUAACAAAAUCAUCUAUUAUGCUAGGACUUGGUGAAAGUGAUGAUGAGCUGAAGGAAGCCAUGGCUGAUUUAAGGGCGAUUGGCGUUGACAUUUUGACUAUAGGACAAUAUUUACAGCCUACUCCAUUGCAUCUAACAGUCAAGGAGUAUGUUACCCCCGAAAAAUUUGCUUUCUGGAAAGAAUAUGGAGAAUCAAUAGGUUUCCGUUAUGUUGCCAGUGGACCGUUGGUUCGAUCAUCAUACAGGGCGGGAGAGCUCUUUAUCAAGACUAUGGUGAAGGAGAAGAACAAUAUUGGAUCUGUUUGACCUCCCGACACAUUUUAGAGGACCUGGAUUCUUUGGCUACCAAUUAUACCCAAUGCAUUGGUAGAUAGCAUUGUACCCGCAGUGAAUACUAGUAGUUCGUAUAAAUAUUUAUUUUCAAAAUAAACAGGCAUGUUUGUUGCAUUUAUCAUUUUUUCCAAUCAACUUUCUUAAUUAUUGUAAAAUGCUUAAUAACUUUAUGUAAUUGGGACCGGGGAUUAUUUAUAUUAGUUGGACAAGGUUUUAAACGA